AUGAAGAACAGGAGGAGUCAUCAGAAGAGCGAGAAGGGCAUAAAAGUGAAGUACAUAUCGAGCCCUAUGAAGGUGAAAACCAGUGCUUCCAACUUCAGGGAUCUUGUGCAGAAGCUCACGGGGAAAUCUUCCAAUGUUGCAGAAGCUAAUUUCAUGGAGGAAGCUCGUAAUCAUGAGAACGAUGAUGAUUAUGAACUUAUAAUGAAGGGUUCUUCUUCUUCUUCUUCCUCUUCUUUGGAGCUUGAGCAACAAUGGAGGAGUGUGUUGGAUCCUGAGCCUGAUGAAGAAGAAGGAGCUGCUCCACCAGCUUGGUUGAAGUUACAAGAUUCUACUUCAUUGUUGGUGGACCCAUUGCUCAAUGAACAACUUGUGUUGGAUUUUUUGGGCUUUGAUGUGCUCUAG